CAAUUAGUGGUCUCUUUUUUGUUAAUUUAUAGCGGUUGUUAAUGCUUCAGACUUCGCCGUCGGUCGUCUCUUCGAUUUGCAGAGCCUGAGCAGCCAUGGAUAGAGAGCAAGAAGAUCUUCAAUUUCUCAGCUUCUUCGGCAUCUUCAGAGAAUCCUUCAACAUUGUUUUUCAAUGGAGGAAGAUCUUCAGCAAGAUUACCCUAACCCUAAUCUUGCCUCUUUCAGUCAUCUUCCUUGCUCACAUCCAGGUAUCCGAGCUCCUGUUCUUCAAGAUCUUGAAUAACGAAGACUCUCUCAGCUCUACCCCCAAGGAUUCUCCCAACUACUCCAAGCUUUCUGAUGUGAUCUCUUCGGAGUGGAUCGGUUUUUGGCUCUUCAAGGCUGCCUACUUCACUUUCUUUCUCGUCCUCGCGCUCCUUUCCACGGCCGCCGUCGUCUACACCGUCGCCUGCAUUUACACGGCCAAGGAAGUCACCUUCAGGAAGGUUAUCAGCGUCGUCCCUAAGGUUUGGAGAAGGCUGAUGCUUACUUUCGUUUGGAAUUCUGUUAUUGUUCUGGUUUACAACAUUGCUUUUGGGGUUUUGCUUUUCCUGUGGGCAGCAAUUUUGGGGUUCGGUGGGGUUGGGAUUGUGAUCUUGGGUGGACUUGCGGCGUCGUAUCUUGUAGGCUUUGUGUACAUAAGCGUAGUCUGGCAUCUGGCGAGUGUUGUGUCGGUUUUGGAGGAUGUUUAUGGGAUUCAAGCUAUGGUGAAGAGUAGGGAACUGAUAAAGGGGAAGAUGAAGCUUUCUUGUGCUGUUUUCUUGACUUUCGCUCUGCUCUUUCUGGGGAGUCAGUUGGUUUUCCAGACUCUGGUUGUGCUUGGCAGUUCUAAGUACAAUGGACUAAGAAUUGCUCUUGGAAUUCUUUGCUUCCUCUUGCUGUUCAAAGUGUUCCUCUUUGGUCUCGUUGCCCAAACCAUUAUCUACUUCGUCUGCAAAUCAUAUCACCAUCAAAACAUCGACAAGUCCUCAUUGUCUGAUCAUCUCGAAGUUUAUCUUGGGGAAUACGUUCCAUUGAAGGCCCAGGAUGUUCAAUUAGGGGAUUUACAUGUUUAGUUGAAGCUCUUUUUUCAUUACAUAUAACUGAUUGUGUAUAUAUUGUUUACAUGAACUAUAUCUAUAUAUUUGUUUUUCAGUUGAGAAAUGGGAAAUAUGAAGCCUGAUACUUCUUCUUCA